AUGCAAUGCCUUACCUCCAUAGUCAGCUAUUUCCAGUGGCGAAAAGUGACAGUUAUAUAUGAAAGAAGCAACACUUUCUCCCUGGAUUCUGAUAUCAUUUCUGUUCUGUCAGAUUCACUGAAGUCAGUUGAUUCAACUGUAGAGCAACACUUGGCUUUCCCUCCUAUAAACUCCUUGUUUGACCCUGAAGUUGCCAUUGAGCAAGAGUUCCGAAAGCUCAGUACAAGAAGAAAUCGCGUCUUUGUAGUUCUGCAAUCUUCUCUUCAACUAGCCACUUGUGUUUUCCAAAAAGCACACCAGAUGGGGAUGCUAGAGAAAGGUUUUGUUUGGAUAAUAUCAGAGGAAAUUGCUAGUUUACUCGAUUCUGUUGAUUCGUCAGUCAUUGCUUCUAUGCAAGGUGUCAUUGGAUAUAAAACCAGCUUUGUUGAUACCAGUAAGUUAUACAAAAAAUUCAAGAUUAGAUUUGAGAGAAGUUAUCUUACAAAAUAUCCUAAUGAUCAAGGAAAUCCAUAUCCUAGUCUGUUUGCUUUAAGGGCAUACGAUGCAGUACUAGCAAUUGGCAAGGCGAAAAAGGAUUCAGUAGGUAAGUUGUACUCUAACAUGAGUAACUUUGUGGGUUUGAGUGGGAAUAUAAGCUUCAGAAAUGGCAUGAUAGAUCAACUCCCAACCUUCAAAAUUAUCAAUGUGGUGGGAAAUGGGUACCGCGAUUUAGCCUUUUGGUCUGCUGAAGAUGGAUUUUCGACGAAACCCCCAACACAAAGUGGCAGAAAAAACGAUUUUGUCAAAUUAGGUCCUAUAUAUUGGCCAGGCAGCCAACAGACAGUUUCAAGAGGGUUCAGUUCUGGUGUUAUCAGUCAGAAGCCCCUGAGGAUUGGUGUACCAGCUUCUGGUGCAUUUCAUCCGUUUGUCAAUGUAAGCUUCGACGAAGUACAUAACAAGACUUUUAUGACAGGAUUUGCUGUUGAUGUGUUCAGAGCCUCUCUGAAGUACCUACCUUAUGAUCUGCCUUUUACUUUGAUUCCUUUUUAUGGCACAUAUGAUGAACUGGUGCACGAGAUCCAUCGGAAGGUAACUCUAAUUCAAAAAUAUAUUAACACAAUUAACAAAAAUAUGUUCAUAAUUUUUCUCAUCAACCGCGAGACCUUAAACACUGUCUCAUACAUAUCUUGUCAGCCAUAUAACAUCUAUACCAGUUUUCUGCAUCAGUUAUUCUUGUCAGCAAUAUUGUCCUGUUUUCGGUUAAAUUACUUACAAGUUUGUCCAUGUAAUCGCGUAUAUAAUAGAUUUGAUGCAGCAGUUGGGGACAUUAACAUACUCGAAGAAAGAUACAAGUGGGCAGACUUCUCACAGCCAUAUGCUAAGUCUGGUAUGGUUAUGGUUGUCACUGUAAAACAUGACAGCACAAAUGAGAUGUGGAUGUUUUUUGAAGAACACGUCGAUGAUCCAGAAUUCGGAGACUCAUCACUCUUCCAACAAGUUGGCACAAUUUUCUGGUUCUCCUUCAGUUUGCUAUUAUUUGCACAAAAGAAUAUUGACACUCACCGUACCAUUACUUUUGUAGAUGAAUCGCCGAGGAGCAAUUUGUCCAAGAUUGUUCUAGCACCAUGGCAAUUCCUAAUAUUGAUGCUGACUAUAUAUUUCACAGCAGCACUUACAUCUCUAAUGACAGUUUCCCAAUUACCACCAUCUGUGAAAGACGUCGAUACACUAAGAAGAGAAAAUGCAGCUGUUGGUUGCAAUUGGAAUUCAUUCCUUUGCCCUUACUUAGUUGAUGUUCUGCAUUUUAAACUUAACAACAUUAGGCCUACGCGAUCGAUUGAUGAGUAUCAUACAGCAUUCCAAAGAGGUGAAAUCAAGGCUGCUUUCUUUGUUACUUCACAUGCUCAAGUAUUUCUAGCAAAGUAUUGCAAGGACUACACUAUUGCUGGUCCAACCUACUACUUUCGGUGGUUUAAGCUUUGCAUUUCCAAAGGGCUCUUCGCUAUCUAUAGACAUGUCACAAGCAAUGUUAAAAGCGAUAGAAAGGGGAGAGAUUGAGAUGUUGGAAAGAGAGUUGUUGGCUCACUACAAGUGCAUAACCUCAUCAACAAACAACACGAACACGAGCACGAGCACGAGUGUUGGCCUUAAGCCUUUCUCAGGGCUGUUCUACAUUUCUGGUGGCAUGGCAUCUAUAGCACUUUUAGUCAUUGUCAUUCCUACAAUUGAGAAGCGCUGGAGAAUUUCAAGAUUAGUACAUGAAAUAAUUAUAAAACUUUUAAGAAAAUUACGUGUUUGGAUGUCAAUCAUGUCAAUGAUCUUCUUUAGAACCUAAAUGCAUGAAUAAUAGUCCUGUAUUCUAAGAACUAUUAUAGGAAGUGCAAAGAAAGUUAAUGAAGUUGAAAAAAAAAGUCAGAGAAUUGAAUGAUACCAUGAGUGUUCAUGACAUCUCCACGUGAUACAAAAUUGCUCAUAAAGAUUUUUACUUCCUUCAUUAUUUUUGAUUAAUUGUCGUUUAAGGAAAACUUAGAAAUUAAUUAAAGUUGAAAUAAAAAUAUGCUAGAAAAGUGUUACAGUUAAAUAUAUUUUAUAAAAAAGUUUUUAAAAAAAAUGUGUUAUAAUUCAAUUUGCAAUAGCUAUAAAAAAAAAAUUGUACUCGUAGUCAUUAUAUUGAGCGAAUAUCAACUCUUCAAAUUUGUUCAAAAAAAA